GAAACAAAAAUUCUGUGGAGAGUGCCAAUUGUUUGUUAUCCAUUUAUUGCUAAAGCUUCUGGAAUAAGCUCCAAUUCAAUAUGCUCUGGUGAGAAAUUCAUCCUCACUAAACCCAAACAAAAUUGCUCUGGAUGGUGCCCUCGUUUCAAAAAGAUUUGGUUAUUUAGCAGAUCUAUUGUAUUCUUUAAAAUUUGUCAAUUGUUCUGUUGCUGAUAAUGCAAAUUUCAAUAUGAUCAGUUUAUGAAAAAGGAGGUUGUUACAGCUUAAGAAAAUUUUUUAUCAUUCGAUAUGAGGAAAGAUCGAGUUGAUGUAUUUUACGGUGAUUAUAUAGGCAUCAAGCCCUAGUACAAAGAGUUGUGGAGCAUAUUUCAUCGUCAUUAUCAUCAUUCUCGUCUUAACGUCCGUUUUCCAUGCUAGCAUGGGUUGGGCAAGGUAAUGACCCUCUCCAAUCUGACCUAGAAUGUGUUAUAUCUAAAUUCAACUUCCUCUGUAUCAUAUGUAUUCCUCUGUCCUUAUAGUCUCCUGCCAAGUCUUUCUCGGUCUGCCUCUGGGCUUUGCCCCGGGAACUAUCAAGACUCUACACUUUCUUACCCAAUUAUCCUCCUCCAUUCUUUCCAAGUGCUCCAGCCAAUUCGAUCUUCUUUUCUGGAUAACAUCUUUAAUUUUACGUAUACUUAGCCUGCUUCUUAGCUCAUCUAAACUCUUUCUGUCUCUCAGACUGGCGUUACACAUCCGCCUAACCAUUCUCAUAUUAUUCCUUUCUGAACGGUCAAGAUUUUCCUGCUUCAUUGCCCAUAUCUCACUACCGUACAACAUAUCUUUCUUACACAGGCCUCAUACAAUAUAUCUUGCAACUCAAUUGACAAGACUCUGCUAGUCAAUAAAGGAAGUAACCCUCUGAACUCCAAGCAGAACCUAUCCUGCAAGUAACACUUCUUUCAACACCCCUUUCACUGCCCAACAUAUCACCUAAAAAACAGAAGUUCUCAACUAUCUCUAAUGAGCCACUGUUGUACAUCAUUGAAGCUGGAAAUACUUCAUUCUCUAUAACCUCACCUUUGCAACGCUUGCAUACAAACUGAAUGUCAGCUCUUAACCUUCCAACAAUACUACUGCACUUCUUAUGUACCCAAAGUCUGACAAAAAAUUGAGUUACUAACCCCUCUCCUGCAAACUCUGCAAGGUCACACUUGGCUAUUUCCUAUUUAGACUUGUAUUUGUCUUACAACAUGGACAAAGUCAUACUGAAAGGGGUUUUAGUUUCAACAAAAAUGUGUCAGAUGUUAACAUGCAAGAAAUACCCUUAUCAGUCAAAGAUUGGUGUACGAUCAUUUGUUACCGAGUGAAAAAGAAGUUUGGGAGUUUCCAAUUACACCAGAAUUGAGAAAAAGUUGUAAGCUUGCAUAUCAGAAAAAAAGCUGGAAGACCAGAAAAAGAAAGCUUAAUUUAAAACUGAAAAUUUUUUGAAAAGAAAGCAUAUGAAAGAUAGGAUCGAAAAUGCAAAGAGACAAAAACUUGCUGUGGAGAAAAGUGUGCAAACUUUGCGUGAAAAUCUUAACAACAACUUUGCCACCAGGGCUAUUAACUUGUCAGAGGUGAUCAUGAAUGUUAUAAAAGUCCCUCGGCCCCGAUCAUGUUUGUUCUAUAGCUCUCACAACAACAUCAUGGAUCCUUCUCUUUUGAAAGGUCUCAAUGCAUUUAAAAAGAAAAGUUUAGCUACUCCUGUAGUUGAAUCGCGUCGAAAUGUAAAGACAGAUGCAAACAACGUACAGAAAGAACGAACAAGAUCGAAAAAGAGAAGACCAGAGUUACCACCUCAGCUUUUACAGCAAGCAAAGAAACAAGCAACCAGUCAAAUUGUCAAUUAUAAGAUACACACACAAAUUAAACAAAAAAGUCGUUUUUCAAUCCUCUCGUCGAUAGUUGAUUUACUUAAGAGUAAAUACCAGAAUAGAGAUUUUCAAGUGUACACAUUAGAACAGUUACUAGACCUGACCCACAACACAGAUAUAAAAGACCAUAAUAAACAGUGGCUUGCUGAAGCGUUGAAAGACAAUCCCAAGAUUGCUUUUAAAGAUAUACACUACUCCUUUAAGCCAAAAUAUGCACUGAGAGAUCGCAAAUCGUUAGUGAGACUGUUGGAAAAACACGAGCAAAAUGGUUUAGGUGGUGUGCUGUUAGACGAUAUACGAGAAGGAUUGCCAAACGCUGAUGAAAUUAUAAAAGCGGUUAGCGAUAAAGUGACCUUUGUAACGCGAAGUAACGACAAGAAAGCGAUUUUAUUUUAUUACGAUUCUUCAUUUCAUUCGCAAGUAGAUGAUGAGUUUCAGAAACAUUGGAGAAGCGUAGCUGUCGAAGGGUUAGCCGAAGCGGAUAUCGAACGGUACUUGAAUAGCAGUGGUAUUACGUCCAUGCAGGGUGUAGCUCCUACACAGAAGCGACACGAAAAGAAACGGGGUAACAAACGUCGCAAGAACAUGAAACUGAUGAACACUCAUUUAGGAGGAGACAUGUUAAAGGAUUAUUCGGAGUCAGGAAAACAUUGAAUGUUUUUAUUAUAAUAAUAGAAAUCUUAUUCGAAAUAUGUAUAAAAAUAUGUUACGCUAUGGGAAAGCUAUAAAUCAUAUUUUGGUGAAAAUUAAGUUGAAUUUCUUAAACUGAAAGUGAGGAUAGGGUAAAGAAUAGCAAAAAUACCCUAAUUUUUUACCCUAAUUUACCCCUAUUUUUUCGGCCAAAUUUCGAAUGCGGCGUUGACAACGAUUAUAACAGUGAUAACUUCUGACGAAUUAAAAUUGUUCUUGAAGUACAAACCAAUUUUUAUUUUUCAUCACAUCAUUUCUGAUGUUAAACAUUUCGGACAUUGCCCUAACCUUUUAUAGAUGAAGAUUUGUGAUGGUAUACUCGUGUAUUUAUUUUCUACUGAGACUGGCAAGUAUAUUCGUUGUAAUGAAGUACUUGUGCGGUAUAAAGUAGCCCUGCUUCUGUUACUAAACUUUAUUGUCGGAGUUUUUUUGCAUUUCUUAUUUGUUUCAUAUAUAUACCGUCAUUAUACACGUACUUAUGUAGUAAUGUUCCAGUCUUAAAAUGUUGUGAGUCCCA